AUGGCAACUUGGGAGUUCACAGUACAACACGAUAUCAUGGCUAGUCCAGAUAUCAUCUAUCAGGUCUGGUUGGAUGGAAACGACAGUCGGGGACCGUGGGUUGGCGAUGGCGACAGGAAGAUUGAUGGUCGUUUAGGCGGUAGCUUCUCGUGGGACGAUCGCAACUUCUCUGAUAUGGGGGGUGGAGGAGGCUGCUGGGGACAUUUUGGAGAGUUCACCAAGCUGGAAAACAAUAGCCUCCCCUACAGGAUCGAGUACACCUGGAAGUCGCAGUGGACAGAUCAGUACGCCUCACAGAUGUUGGUUACGCUGGAUACUGACAAGACCGAUGAGCGAUUCACAAAAGUCACUGUACGUCAAACAGGAUUACCAGAUAAUCGGCACGGAUAUGAGCACAAACAUGCUUGGAUUCGAAUACUGGGCGAAAUGGGUGCUAAAUUCUGGGGAAAUGCUGGGAUCAAGGACGCGAGAACAAAGGUCCUGGUCUAA